AUGCUGCAGAACGACUACAGCUACGCGCACUACCAGCCGCCGCACCAGCAGCAGCAGCAGCAGUCGCACCUGCACCACCACCAGCAACAGCCCCCGCACCAGCCGUCGCACCACCACAGCGGCGAGCGCCCCAAGCUCUUUAGCACGUCGGCCCUGGACACCACUAACACCGCCACCACCAGCAACAACAACAACAACAAUAGCAGCAACAACCUCAACGCCAGUGGCGGCGCCUACCACGGCCCCGGCAUGCACGACUUCCACCAGCUCGUGCACUCGAGCAACAUGACGCCGCAGCACCACCACCACCACCUGCAGCAGCAGCAGACGCCCCACCAGAGCGACUUUGACCACGAGCCCAUCAUGAUGAAUCUGCAGCACGCUGGACAGUACUACGCGCCGCCGCCCAUGACGGCGCAGAUGCUGCACGUGUCGACGGACUACAACUCGGGCGGGUCGGUGGGCGGCACGACGCCGUCGCUCUCGGGGUCAAAGCGCUCGCGCGAGGAGCUCAACAUGAAGGAGAAGAAGCGCAUGUUCAAGCUCAAUGACCGCAUCAACCAGCUCAAGUCCGUGCUGGACGAGGCGGGCGUGCAGUCCAAGAAGAACAAGCAGUCGAUCUUGGACAACACGUUCCACUACGUCAGUAUGCUGCGCAGCAACUUGCUCAUUGCCAAGCAGAAGGCCGAGCGCGCGGAGAAGCAGGCGGACAACUUUCGCGCGCAGGUGCAGAGCGGCAAUGGCGCUGGCGGACCGAUGGAGACCGUGUUCAAGCGCUGCUUCGAGCAGUCGUCCACGCCGCGCGUGGUCGUGGACCUGCACAUGCACCUCGUGGCAGUGAACUCGGCCUUUGUGUCGCAGGCCGGUCUCAUGGAAGACAGCCUCAUGGACACGAACACGCUGCGCGCGAGUCUGUGCCUCGACAACGGCAAGUUGGACGCCGUCGUGCAGUCGGUGAGCAACAACAUGAAACCCGUGAGUGCCAUCGUGCAGGCGCAAGGAAUGGGCAACAACAUCUCGACGCUCACGCUCAUUGCGUCCGCGCUCACGGACGACGACAACGUCGUGACGGCGAUCGAGUUCAGUCUCGUGCCUUUCGACAUCUCGUCCGACUUUUCGGACCCGAGCGCAGCAGGCGGUUAUGCGAACGACACCAAGCACCACGACCUGCACAAGGAGACGAGCCCCUUGGGCGUCAGCGACCUGACUGUGUAG